AGACGUGAGUCACCAGCCGGAGGAGGCAGAGGAAGAGGGAUGUGGCUGCGCUUCCAUAACGCGCACUGGGAGUCGUCGGGGACAGAGGUCCCUGGUGUGGUUUCUCGCUUUCUCCGCCAGCUGGACUAGGCGGCGGAUAUCCCCGACAAAAUGCAUUCCCUUCUGCUUGGGACGUAACAAAUGAGCAGUGAAGGUCACCAUGGGUAGACGGCUUCCCUCAGCAUCAUAACCAGCACCUGAGGCUCCUAGCCCCCUGAAUGCAGCACCACCAUGGGGGAGGUGGUCCAGAUGCACUUCACCACGGUGGACUACGUCAUCUUUGUCCUGCUGCUGGUGGCCUCUGCCGGCAUCGGCCUCUUCUACGCCUUCUCUGGGGGCCGCCAACGCACCACCCAGGAGUUUCUGUUGGCUGACCGUUCCAUGAGCUGCCUGCCCGUGUCCCUGUCCCUGCUGGCCACCUUCCAAUCGGCCGUGGCCAUCCUGGGCGCUCCGUCUGAGGUGUACGCGUUUGGGACACAGUACUGGUUCCUGGGCUGCUCCUACUUCUUGGGCCUGCUCAUCCCAGCCCAUGUCUUCAUCCCAAUCUUCUACAGGCUUCGGCUGUCCAGCGCCUACGAGUAUCUGGAACUGCGUUUUAACAAGAUGGUUCGCAUAUGUGGGACUGCGACCUUCAUCUUUCAGAUGGUCAUUUAUAUGGGGGUUGUACUUUAUGCUCCAGCUCUGGCACUUAAUGCAGUGACAGGUUUUGACCUGUGGGGAGCAGUGUUGGCCAUGGGGUUAGUGUGUACUCUGUAUACUGCUCUGGGGGGGCUGAAGGCAGUGAUCUGGACUGACGUGUUCCAGACCGUGGUGAUGUUUGCGGGGCAGCUGGCUGUCAUCGUGGUGGGAGCCAAUCAGGCUGGAGGGAUAGUCGAGGUGUGGAGGAAAGCGGUGAACGGCAGCCGCAUUGCUGGACUCGACCUGAACCCCGACCCUCUGGAGCGCCACACCUUCUGGACGUUGGGAGUCGGGGGAGUGUUCCUCAUGCUGGCGCUGUACGGCGUCAACCAGGCCCAGGUCCAGAGGUACCUCAGCUCCCGUACGGAGAAGGAGGCUGUCAUGUCCUGCUAUGUGGUUUUCCCGUGCCAGCAGAUUGUCCUCUGUUUGGGCUGCCUGAUGGGUCUGGUCAUGUUUGCUCGCUAUGGAGAGGACAGCCCUCUGGACAAGGGCUACGUGAAGAGCAACGACCAGAUGGUGCUGUACUUUGUUAUGGAUGUGUUCAGGGAUCUACCCGGCCUCCCCGGCCUGUUUGUGGCCUGUCUCUUCAGCGGAGCGCUCAGCACCAUCUCCUCAGCUUUCAACUCCUUGGCAACAGUAACUAUGGAGGACCUGAUAAAGCCUCAUUUUCCAAAUAUGACUGAAGCAAGGGCCACUCUUCUGUCCAAAGGACUGGAAGCAAACCUCCUGCCUGUGCUUGUCCUGUUCCCCUCAGCUUUAGCCUAUGGACUGGUGUGUCUGGCUAUGGCCUACGUUGCCUCCAUAAUGGGAUCAGUGCUGCAGGCAGCCUUCAGUAUCUUUGGGAUGGUGGGUGGCCCCCUGCUGGGACUCUUCUGCCUGGGGAUCUUCUUCCCUUGGGCCAACUCUGUUGGAGCAGUAGUCGGGCUAGCAGCAGGCCUCGCCAUGGCCUUCUGGGUCGGGAUCGGAAGCUUUGUGAUGCGAAUGUCUCGGCCCCCACCAGGACCCCAGCUCAACGCCACCGCUCUGCCACUGUUCCACAACAUGACCACUACUGUCCUGAGCUCCCUGGUUACCAGCCCCACAGCCAAACCACGACCAACAGGAGUGGAAGCUCUCUACACACUGUCCUACAUGUGGUACAGUGCUCACAACUCAGCCACGGUGGUGGUGGUGGGUCUGCUCGUCAGCCUCAUAACAGGACCCAUGAAGGAGAGGGAGCUGACCCCGGGAACGGUGUUCCCUGUCCUCGGAACGCUGCUGUUCUUCCUGCCGGAGCACUACAAGGAGAAGCUGUGCUGCAUCACUCCUCUGGCCCUGAAGCCAGCAGAAAUCAGCAGUCAGCCUUACCAAAUGGCCAAGAAGGACGGCAACGGGGCGGCCUGCUGCAAGGAGGACACGGCCACGGAGGACAAGGAGCUGGAGAGCGACAGAGCUCAGACGGAGGACGAGGACAUGGACACACCGACUGCACACAGAGUCCAGGAGACGGCCUUAUGAUCCAAGAAACGCACACACACACUUUGUCCUGAGCUGCUGGUGGAUCCUGUCACCCUGGUAAAAUACUGAUGUUGGAAAAACUGAGAUUACGGAGGGUGUGGCCUGUCUGAGAGGGCGGGGC